CGAGACGACACAUCGCGAUACCCGAGCGGGCAAACCCUCGUUCCGUACACCGAGCCUCGGGCUCGGACCGCGUCCCAACCUCCUAACCGGGAUUUUCCCGCCCACGAUUACUUCGCAUAGAGGAGAAAGAUAAGAGCGGAGGACCUCUUUUUUAUUCCUCCUCAGUCACACACUCCUCUGGUCUCGAAUAGCUACUGAAGCGAUGGCAAGGGCAUGGCUUGUUAAUAGUCGGGGAAUUGCGAGGAAGGUGAAAAAUGCCACCCGCCUUUCUAACUAUCAAAUUAAAGACUUGGAAGCAGAAGCAAGUCGCAAAUGCCCCAAUUGCAAACACGUUAUUGAUAACAGUGAUGUUACCAUAGAAUGGCCUGGACUUCCUGCUGGUGUUAAGUUUGAUCCAUCUGAUGUAGAGCUAUUAGAACAUUUAGCAGGAAAAGUUGGGAAAGGAAAUUUGAAGCCCCAUAUGUUUAUUGAUGAAUUUAUUCCAACUGUGGAGGAGGAUGAAGGAAUUUGUUAUACACAUCCCAUAAAUCUCCCUGGUAUCAAGAAAGAUGGUAGCAGUGUUCAUUUCUUUCAUAGAAUAUCAAAUGCAUAUGCAUCUGGCCAUCGUAAGCGCCGUAAGAUCCAUGAUGAAUGCGAUAAGUCUGAGGAGCGUGUAAGGUGGCACAAGACAGGCAAAACUAAACCUGUGCGAGAGAAUGGUGUUCACAAAGGCUGGAAAAAAAUAAUGGUGCUAUACAGAAGUUCAAAAGGUGGUGGCAAACCAGAUAAGGCUAAUUGGGUGAUGCAUCAGUACCAUCUUGGGACUGACGAAGAUGAAAAGGAUGGCGAACUUGUGGUUUCAAAAAUUUUCUUUCAACAGCAGGUCAAGCAAACAGAUAAGAAUGGCAUUCAUCCAGUCAACGAGGAACCUGACAUGUUUGCUGUCAGGGUUAGUCCUAGAACCCCUAAGACAAAUACUCCACAGCCACCCCGGUCAAAAAAGAAUUCUCCGUUUGACACUGAUGAGCAUAAUCUACAGGCUUUGCCAGGCCAUAACGAACCAUAUCCAGAAGUUGAGGUGACCUCAGCACCCUUACCUGUGGUUCGUUUAACGGAUGAAGGUGAGAGCUGUGUCUGGUGGGCUGGUGAAUCUCAAGCUGUUGAAGAACCAGAUCCAAACAAUCUGGAUGAGUCAUUGUUGUGCCAUGAAGUGCUUGAUUCUUUUCCUCCUAUUGAAGAUUGUUUUUACCAUCCAAACUUCAAUGGUGACAAGAAUGAGACAGCUGCGACAAAAGCCAAUACACUUUGUGGGUUCUCUGAUCUUGAUGACAUCAUAAUGGACACACCACCAGAUUUUCAGCUUGCUGACUUGCAGUUUGGUUCACAAGAAAGCAUCACAAGUUGGCUAGACCGCUUAUAGAAUGAAAGAUGCGAGAACCUGCAUCUCCAAAGAUCUCAAUGAAGCCCCAAUUUUUGUGUAUUUUGUGGGUCUUAUACUCUGAUGAAUAUGUUCUCAACUGUAUAGUCAGCUGAAUGGGGUGAGAGAAGCUAGAUGCUUUUGUGGCUUUGUUAAGCAACAUUUUCCUCAGCUCUUUGUUCGCUAAUAUUUAGACAAGAAAUUGGAAGGACUUCGAAUUUUUGUGUAUAAACCUCCCUUCGGAUCCAAAGUCUUUGGUAGGUUGGCUUUGCAUUGUGGUGAAUGUCUCACUGUUUUCUUUUACAUUGAAUGAUCAUGGGAACUGUCAUCUCUUAGUGGGCUAUAGAAUGUGAAAGACUUUGAAAAAGUAA